ACAAACAACCAAAAACAAGGAAAAAAGGGGUUUUUUUCCAAGAUGGAUAGAUACAACAUAUAGAUACACAAACAAGAAGGCAAGAAAGAAUAAAGGGGGUUGUGGGGGUGGGGUUGAGACCCUGAAGGGCAUGGAAGUAUUGGCCAUGCUUAGGCAAUUCAUUGGACAAGUUAAACAACUAUUAGAACUCAACACUUCUUCUUCUUCAACUAAUAAUAAUAUCUCUUUUCAUCUUCAAACACCAUCACUUUUACACCUACCAAGAUGUUAUUUUCUGAAUCUUGGCGACAAUCCUGCUGAAGACAGUUGCUACAAUAUCAUCAUGACUGCCGGCAAAUCUGAAAAUCUCAAGAUGUUGGAACCUGGAAAGCCUCCACCAAAAAAGAAAGCCCGGAAGGAGAGGAAUCGGGGGAAAGUAACUGGAACUUCAUGCUCCAUUGAGAAUUUGGAUGAGCAAAUUUGGAAAGAAUUUCCUGAAGACCUAUUUGAAGCUGUUGUUGCAAGACUACCAAUUGCCACUUUUUUCCAGUUCAGAUUAGUUUGCCGCAAAUGGAACUCAAUGCUGACGUCCCAAAGUUUUUCCGAACAGUGCUCCCAAGUUCCUCAACCACAACCAUGGUUCUACACCAUUACUCAUGAAAAUGUGAAUACUGGAGCCAUGUAUGACCCGACAUUGAAGAAAUGGCAUCAUCCUACUAUACCUGCUUUGCCAACCAAGUUAAUCGUCUUGCCAGUUGCUUCUGCGGGAGGUCUUGUUUGUUUCCUUGAUAUCGGACAUAGAAGCUUCUACAUAUGCAACCCUCUGACUAGAUCCUUUAAAGAGUUACCAGCCAGAUCUGUUAAGGUCUGGUCCCGUGUGGCAGUAGGUAUGACAUCAGCCGCCGGGGGCUACAAUAUCCUUUGGGUUGGUUGUGAUGGUGAGUUUGAAGUUUAUGACUCCAGGAAUAACUCUUGGGCUCGUCCAGGAACCAUUUCCUCGAAUAUUAAGCUCCCACUGGCACUCAACUUCAAGUCGCAGACGGUCUCGGUCGGUAAUAAACUUUACUUCAUGCGCUCGGACCCUGAUGGAAUCGUGUCUUAUGACAUGGUUACUGGGGUUUGGAAACAGUUCAUUAUCCCUGCCCCCUUACAUCUGAGUGAUCAUACACUAGCAGAAUGUGGGGGCCGCAUAAUGCUUGUGGGUCUUCUGACAAAGAAUGCAGCCACUUGCGUGUGCAUAUGGGAGCUACAAAAGAUGACUCUUUUGUGGAAGGAGGUUGACAGAAUGCCAAACAUAUGGUGCUUGGAGUUUUAUGGAAAGCACGUUCGAAUGACUUGCUUGGGUAACAAAGGUUUGCUCAUGCUAUCACUAAGAUCAAGACAAAUGAACCGGCUAGUUACGUAUGAUUUCUCAACAAGAGAAUGGAUGAAGGUCCCUGGUUGCGUGUUGCCACGCGGGAGAAAGAGGCAAUGGAUCGCAUGUGGGACCGCUUUUCAUCCCUGUCUGACAGCUGUGGCUUGACUCGGGUUGCCCAGGGCUAUAUAUAUAUAUAUAUAUAUAUAUAUUAUCAUGUGUUACUAGUUUUUUUCUAAUCAUAAUCUGUAUUCCAGUCUUUUGUGCUGAUAUAGAAGAAAAGGAUCUGUGAAUUUAUUACCACUUCCUCUCUUGUUUAAACAUCUACUAGUUUUUAAGCCUUUUGAUUCCAGAGGACGAAUCUACAAUGCUCUACCUACUGUAACAUUAAGGGAGCCUUAAACAUUUCUGCUAUGGAGCAUGUGUAUUAUGUAUCAGAUAAUUUGCUUCUGCCUUUCUUUUGAUAACUC